AUGGUCGGCAUGAUACUCCACCAUGGCCGUGUUUGAGCGGAGAAAGGAGGACAGGAUAGCCACAGACGACUCCAAGCCGCUCGUCUGCACCAUCACCGGCACAGAGAACACCGAUGGACACGUGUAACCAUUACCGUUGAUGAGGUUUCAGGCCCCAGUCUGCCACCAUAGCAGUGCUCCACAUGACCGUCAACAUUGUAACAGAGUACAUCCUGGAGGUGUGGCGGAUCCCAGACGUGGAGAACAAGUGGAAUGUCAGCCACAGAUACUCAGACUUUGCGCAACUGCAUGCAGUACUCAAGGUGGGGGUGACGGCACUCCCAACACUGCCGCCAAAGAAAGUGUUUGGCAAUACUGACCGAGACUUCAUUAACGAGAGGAGGGUAGCGCUACAGAAAUACCUGGAAGGCUUACUAUCAAACUCUCUCCUCGCUUCAUCUCUACUAGUCAGACAGUUUCUAGACCCCAAGAACUAUUCAAGAAACUUUCAAGAGGAAGGACGACAGAAUGUCCACCUGGUGCUGCGGGUGGGCGGGAGCCAUGAAGUGACGGAGGCGCUGCCCCAUUGUGGGACGCGGAUCACCAAAGUUUUCUUCUUGGCCCACCCACUCGCCGACCCCAAAACCCAACACAUCCUCUGGUGGGCGCCCUUUGGCCCUGACCGAGCCAUGAACCUGCGCGAUACUCAUGCCACACUCACCGCCCUCAUCCAGUGCCAGCACCCCUACAUAGUGCCGUCGGUGAGCAGUGUAGCGACAGAGGCGGGUGUCUGUGUGGUGCGGCCAUUGUUUCCCCAGGGGAGUGUGAGGGACAUGAUCCACCAGGCCCGUCCAAAGGGCAGUGCUGUUUUCAAGUACUCUGGGGACAAGGUGGUGUCCAUCGACGAGAAGAAGUGUGCUGUGUAUGGCAGACAGAUCCUGGAGGCACUGCUCUUCCUGCAUGAGAAGGGUCUUGGGCAUGGACACGUACACACAGGGAACAUGGUAAUAGAGAACAAUGUUUGCCGGCUGCUUGAUCUUGAGAACCAGGUGGUAGGGCUGCCAAACCAGCUGCGGGGGCAAGUUAUCUACCAUCGCCGCAUCAACUCCAUUGAAGCGCUGGACGUGUACGGGUUUGGCCACGCUCUCUACGAAAUGCUCUUUCAAAGGCGAUUAGAAGCAGACACGUGUGAGGACUUCCCCCCAGAGUGCUCCCCCAUGCCUAGGUCUGUGUUGGAGAGCAUUCUUAGUGGUGAGGCAUGUAAGAAUGGCCUCCCCACAGUGGCUGGGCUGCUCACACACCCCUUCUUCAAUCAGGUUCCCCUCCACAGCUAUGAGAAGCCCACCCUGAAGCUGCCGUCUGGCGUGAAGCAGGCGGUGGCCCUCUCCCACCAGACACUCCUCACCAGGCUGGCAGCCGACCAGAAGAAGGUGCGACAGCAGAGGAAAAUGUCCAAGGCAGAGGCAUUUGUAUCACAGCGCUCCAACAGACCGCGGCCCAAGAAGCACUUGCACCUCGAGACUAAUGGCUUGGCAUCAGUGGGCGACUCCCUCACUAAUUCAGGUAAUGCUGAAAGCCUCAGUAACAGCCAACCAGGAGGGGCACCCAGAGCCCCUACUUCCUCUCCUAUUGCCUCAUUCCCAGACACCCCCUCAUCUCCCACCUCUCCACUCCCUCCACCUCCACCACCACCUACUACGCCCAUCUCUCCUGUCCCACCCCCUCCACCACCUGCACUCUUUCCACCUCCUGCUAUUGCUGGUGCUCCUGCUGCUACAUCAACUGAGGUUCCAGCUGUAGAUGCAGAAAGGACUGCUCUCCUGUCAUCCAUCACGGCCUUCAAAAAGGGUCGGCUGAAAAGCGUAGAAACAAAGGAUUCUAGCAAACCAGUAAUCUGAGACUUUUGUGUAUGUGUGUAUGUGUGUGUGUGUGUGUGUGUGUGUGAUUACAUAGUUAUAUAGAUUUUUUUAUAGUAAUGGAGGCAGCUUUAGGGCAAAAAAUAAAGUACAAAAAAGCCCGCUUAAUGCUACUCCUGUAAAAAAGGAUGGCUGGAGUGGCUACAAGAGGGGGUCAAAUUCAGUUGGAGACAUGUCUUGAUACUCCCCUUUGAAAGAGUUCAAGUCAUGGGCAGGACAUUCAGACUAAGGAAGACUGUUCCAGAGGGUAUUACAAUGUUUUGAGCUGAAGCUUGCUUUGUCAUAUUUUUAUAUUUUUUUUUAUUCAGCUUACUUUUCAGUUAAUGGGUGUUUUGAAAAGACUAGGCUGUUUCUGCAGCAAAUUUAUUCCAUUUCCCAGUCCUGCUACUUGGAAAGUUUUACUUCUUUGCAUUAUUUUGAGUAUCUAGUCUUCCUUAAUUUUUAGUCUGAUCCCCUUUCUUUUAUGUCAAUUUAUACUGAGACAUCUGCCUCUGCAUCCCACUGUUCAUACUUCAAUAAUGCAGUUUAGUUAUUUCCUUCAAAUCUUGUAAAGUAUACUUAUUCAAUUUCUCUUUGUAUGUCAGCUCUCCUAUUGAGCAUCAUCUUUAUGGCUGCUGUGUGUGUGUGUGUGUGCGUGUGUGCACGCAUACUUUCAAAGUAGUGUGUCAGUGUGUGACUGAUUAGUCUUAAGGUUUGUGAGGCAGUGUGAAAUAUUUGGCUGUUAAAAGACCAUACUAUUAAUGCAUACCAUCUUCAGGGUAUUUGCUUUUAAAUGAAAUAUAAUUUUCCAUUUUUUUCUACACAUUAUUUUUGACUGAAUUUUUUGCUUCAGUGAAAUGGAAUUAUCAUAUCAUUAUUUUGCCCUGGAAAUAUCCCUACAACAGCUCACCAACCUGGCCAAAUUACCUUUAUAAUAAAAAACAAAAACCAGUCUCACCCAAGUCUUUAGUAAUUAGAUAACGUCCUGAUCCAAUUUGACCUUGGAAGUAGACUGUCAAGAUGACUGAUGGAAAUUGAUUUUAUGUGGUGUGAAGAGGUGAAAUUCUUUUUUGAGAAACCACUUUUUUUUUUGCAGAUUUGUUAAUGCAAAUCUCUGCAAUAAUAAUUCUAAUUAGGUUAACUGAGGUUGUGGUAAGAGCUGUGAUUUUUGUUAUUUUGAUAGAAAUGGUGUCUACCUUAUGUAUAUCUUGUUUUUAUGAAUUUACAUAAGUUCUUAGUUAUUACAUUUGAUUUUAGUCUAAUAUCACUUUUUGAGCAUGUAUACUGCCCAUCUUGCUUAUAAAGAAUAUAUAUGUGUAUAUAAAUAAUAUUCCUAUGAAGUGGUAACAGUGUCUUGGUGAUAUAUGAAUAUUUUCAUUUUUGCUACAGGGUCUUGACUGACACUGAUGUUUGUGUCAUGAGGUGUGUGCCAUAAAUGUCUUUGUCUGCCUGUGGGCAAUGGCAUUAUAUACUUUUUUUUAAACCCUUUGUUCCACUUUACUUAAAACUGUGAAAUAACUGGACUUAUUGAUGAUUAUUUUUAUAAGACAAUUUCAAGCAUUUAUCCAGCAAUUGCAAAGUGAUGUGUAAAUGCUGACCAUUGAUUUACGUCAAAUUCAAGCUGAUAUGACAAGGCAACACAUUUUGUGUGUGUUACAUUGAUAUAUUGUGUACUGUUUCUCCACUGUCAUCUUUGUUUUCCUUGUCAGAUAAUGUAAAGAACAACUGGAGAGUGGAUUUUUUUUUUUUUUUUUUUUUUUUUUUUUUUUGUGUGUGUGUGUGUGUGUGUAUUUACCUAUUUGUAGUCUACCGGGUCCGAGCUAAGCUGUUCCAUUUGUUAACUUCGAUGUGUGUGUGUGUGUGUGUGUGAAAUAUGAUUGUUACCUUCAGUUUCUUUCUCAAACACUAUCUCAUUUGCUGUUCAUCAUGCAGUUCACAUUGGUGAAUUACAUAUUUGCAUCUCAAAAUGUCCACGGUUUAUCCGUCUGACAGAAAUGUCACAAAAGUCUGAUGUUUUAGGUUUAGUCUGAGCGGUUUUACACUUGUCUAUGUAAGAAGUGUAGCAGACGACUUGCGUACGUGCAUGAGUCCAGUCUUAUAUUAAUGGCCGUGCUGGCGGCCUUGAUGAGCCACAACAGUCCAUGUCAUUAGUGAGGCGGGUAAUGCUGCUGAGAGUGGUGUGUUGGGGGCGCGUGUUGCCUCACCACACUGACGCUGACUAGGUAUGCCAAAGAUAUAUGAUGCUGAAGUUAUUACUGUGUUAAGUAUAAGUAUAUUGAAGUAUCCUUAAAUCUGUUGAAAUUCGUCCAUUGAUUACGGUCGAUUCAAAGCUGCUGAAACCCCGCUCUUUCACAGAACUUGUUAUCAUUUCCUUAUAUACUACACUCUUGUAAAUGUUCUUGAAUGGCUUUUUCUCUUCAUAAACUUGACUGAGUAUUUUAGGGACAUACAAUGAAAUAUUAAAUAUUGCACAGGACCGGACUGAAAACUUGUAAAGUCACCUUACUUCACCUCAUCGUAUCAGAUGACGGUGAUUUUUUUUUCUAACGAAUGAGUCAUGUUGGGCGGGUGUCCGGAGUGUGGACCGACUUCUUUUUUCACUUUCCUUCCUGGGCCCAGAGAUAGUCCGUGAGACAGGUGUGUGUGUGUGUGUUGGGGGGGGGGGGUCAGUGGAGGCAGAACCGGUGUCACCAGUCAGCCAGACGUUGAACACGAGGUUCAAGUUGAGACGUAAAACUGAAUUAUUUUCUUUUCCUAUUAAUAGUUAUUCAGAUAUAUAUGAUGUCCCAUUUUAUCAGAUUCGCCUUUGUGACAUAGAUAUGAGAUAUAGUAACCGCCGAUAAUAUCUUUGUUUCAUUGUUAUUUGGAUGCAUACAUGCUGUGAAGAGAUCUAGUCAAUUACGUAGGGGGCCUGUCUUUUGUCCAAAAUAUAUCAUGAUUACCCAGAGUAUGAAAAAGACUACAAGAUUUUUAUAUGCAACUACGUAUUCCUCCUGACGGAAAUGUAUGGGUACUGAAAUAAAGCUAAUUUUGAACAAAACUUUUACUCCACACUGUCAGAUACACUGAUAAGUAGCUUCCCACCACCUCCCGCUAAGCUUGGUUUAGGCGCGUGAGCCAUCUGAUACUGUACUAAAUAUACACGACGUAACCCCAGCAGAGCGGUGGCACGCGGUAGUAGCACACUGUUCACUGCUCACGGGAGGCGGGGCGGGAGGGAAUGUAGUACAAGGGGGGUGGGGACGCUGAGUGUAGUAUAGUACAUGAACCCACGCCUUAUCGUCACACUACUAACUACAGGUCACGCAAGGUUCAGUGUGCACUUCAUCUCAAUUAGUCGAGGAGUACUUGUGGUUUUAUCUUAAUUAGUGACAUGGGCAGUGAUGGGUGGGUGUGAGGCGUGAGGCAUGUGUGCGGGGUGUGUAGCGGCCUGGGUGUAGUAACAGUGGCGGGGUGGGAAUAGUAACGGGGCAGUAAGUUUUGC